GGAGGAACAGGCGUUUCCAUCCUCAAACCGGCGAGACGCUCAGUGUUCAGCACCGCACUGACUUCAUCAACUCUUUGACGCUUUCGACGCUGAUGUGUUGAACGAACUGUAUUUUGUAACUGGGCUUUGUAUUUGCGCGUGACUAAAGCGUACAGCGGGUCAUCCAUCACCACACCGAGAGCAUCUUCAUCAUCAUCUUCAUCAUCAUCGCUGGAUCAGCGGGUCGCGCGCAGAUGUCUGAAUACAGCUCGCUGUUGAGUGAUCUGUCUGAGAACAUCACUAAUGAAGACCUGGAGCAGCUGAAGUCGGCCUGUAAGGAGGACAUCCCCGAAGACCAGAGCAACGCCAUCACCUGCUCCAAAGACUGGUUCAGUUACCUGGAGAAGAAUGACAAACUGGCACAAGAUAACCUGUCCUACAUAGAGCACAUCUUUGAGAUCUCGCGGCGGCCGGACCUCUUGACUCGAGUCAUCGAGUACCGCACGACUGUGCUGAAGAUCUCUGAAGACGACGAGAUCGACACCAAACUCACACGCAUCCCCUCGGCCAAGAAAUACAAGGAUAUCAUUCGCCAGCCGUCAGAAGAUGAGAUUAUCAAACUGGCCCCUCCCCCUAAAAAAGCAUGAGGUCAAAGUUCAUGACCUCUGCUCCUCCUCCCGGCACUUCAUCUUGCCCAUCAUCGUCACCAAGCCCCGCCCACUCCUCCUCAUCCAACAGAACAGAAGCCAAGCAGCCAAUCAGAUCAAGAUGC